UCACCCGCAGGGCGACCGGAGGUUUUCUAGGCGGCAGGAUGGCGGCCUCGCGUCACAGCGAGCGCGACGGCUUGUCUGACCUGAGGAGAGAUAGGCAGAGAAAGGCCGGCAAAAUGGCUCCUUCUCCCAGCAAACGUAAGGAGCGGUCUGAGGACAGGUCUAAGGAUCGGACCAAAGAAAAGGUUCCAGGAAAAGAGACAGCAGAGAAGGACCGCGGACGAGACAAGACAAGAAAGAGACGCAGCGCCUCCAGUGGCAGUAGUAGCAGUAGAAGCUCCCGCUCCAGUUCCUCCUCCAGUUCAUCAUCUGGCUCCAGCUCUGGAUCUAGUUCAGGUUCCAGCUCCUCAUCGGCAUCCAGUCGCUCCGGAAGUUCCAGCUCGUCCCGCAGCUCAAGCUCCAGCAGCUCUUCUGGUUCCCCCAGUCCUUCUCGUCGGAGACAUGACAACCGAAGGCGAUCACGCUCCAAAUCCAAACAGCCAAAACGUGAUGAGAAGGAGAGAAAGAGGCGAAGUCCAAGCCCACGGCCCACCAAAGUUCACAUUGGGAGGCUGACAAGGAAUGUUACCAAGGACCACAUUCUAGAGAUCUUUUCCACCUAUGGAAAGAUUAAGAUGAUUGACAUGCCAGUAGACCGCUUUCACCCGCACCUUAAUAAGGGGUAUUCCUAUGUGGAGUUUGAGGGAGCAGAUGAAGCGGAUAAAGCCAUAAAACACAUGGAUGGAGGACAGAUUGACGGGCAGGAGAUCACAGCUUCAGCAGUUCUUACCCCUCUACGUGUGAGGGCGGUACCCCGAAGAUUCAGCCCCCCUCGUCGGAUGUUACCCCCUCCACCUAUGUGGCGUCGGUCUCCCCCACGGAUGAGGAGGAGGUCCCGUUCCCCCCGCCGCCGCUCCCCUGUCCGCCGCCGCUCGCGAUCCCCAGCACGCCGCCGUCACCGCAGUCGUUCCAGUUCCAAUUCAUCACGGUGAAGCAUCAUCUCCCUCUGUCACAGCUCCCUCCCCACCGGACUUCCACAACAAGAUGUGGACCAUGUUCUUUGACUGUACUGCCUCCUCGAGGACUCUUAUAGGGCAACACAACCAUUUAAUGUUUUCUAGGACUUGUAAAGGCUUUCUUGGAACGGACUGGACUAAAGGACUUGGCAGCAUGCUUCAUUCACUGCAAAACAUACCUACAAUUGUCUAUAACCUGGCUGUGUGUAACUUGCUGUAAAGGUAAACCCAUCACCCAGAUCUGUCCUGUUAUUGUCAGCCUUG